UAUCUGGUGUUGCUGCUCUUUAUCUUCCUGCUGGAAAUCACUGCAGGAAUCCUGGCUUAUGUUAACAACCAACAGUGUUUCCCUCUCUGCCACCAGCUGCAUGAUGAGCUCAGACUGAACCUAAAGUCCAACAUGCAGCAGAAAUACCAGCAGCCCGGCCAGCAGAGCAUCACACAGUCUGUCGACAAGCUGCAACAACAGUUUAAGUGCUGUGGGAGUCAGAACUUCUCUGACUGGACGGACAGUAAGUGGAUCCAGAGUGUCGGAAAUGAGCGGCUUGUUCCUGACAGCUGCUGUAAAACUCCCAGUGAACUCUGCGGUCGCAGAGAUCAUCCAUCCAACAUCUACAGGGUGGAGGGAGGAUGCAUUGAGCAACUAGAGAAUUUCCUCAGAAGCCAUUUGUAUAUUCUCGGGGCAGUGGGCGUUGGAAUAGCGUUUUUACAGCUGGUAGGGAUGAUGUUCACCUGUUGUCUUUGUCGAAACCUAAAGGAAGAUCUGUACUGAUGGUGGAAACGCUUUAAAGCUGCAUUUUUGCCUUUGUUUGAAUUAUGU